UCUAUAGUGCACGUUUAUAGCUUCAUAUUGUUCGUGUGUAUAUAAUUCGUUUUUUCUUAAUAAUUAAUUGAUCCAUGCAACGUUACCAAUCUAAGUUUGAUGAUUUCGCUUUCUUAUUUCGUUGUUUUCAAUAAUAUUACUCUUAUUCCAAACAGUUCUCAUAUAUUAAAGUUUAUAAUACUAUUUGUUAAAAAAUUCUCAUGAAUUGUAAAACAUUGCUUCUUCUAAUAAUGAGGUCGGUACAACAUAUGAAUACCAAAAGAGUUUUCAUCGAUCAUGUUGCAUAUAAUCCUUCCAACAACAAUAAUUUGCCAAAUGGUCAAACACCAACUCUCCAACAUUCCUUGUGUUCCCUUAAUGGAUUGCUUGGUUCAACUUCUUCAACUAGCUAGCAUGACCCACCCGUCAUUUUUUUUGCCCCAUUUUCCUUAUUUAUUUAUGUUUUCUGGGGAAGACCUACCCAUCAUUUAAAUUUGAAGAAAAAUCAUUAUGGUUACAUUUGUUUCUAAAAUAAAUCGAUAAUAUACAGUAUGCCUAAAAUAUCACUAAGGUAUGUUUGUUUCGUUUUUUUUAGUGUGUGUUUUUAGAUUUUUUUAUAUUGAGAAUAUAAAAAUGUAUAUUAAAAAUAUAAAAAAGUAUGAUGAGAUAAGACAGUUAUUAUUUUAUUAAUAUAAAAAAACUAUAAAAAAAACUAAACAAACAAAGCCUAAAUUUUGCACCCAAUAACAUCGCCACCUUUUCCCCAAUCAAAUCUCUCUUUGGUUGUCAGCAUGAGGGAAGGUAUAAGAGUGGGAUUCUAGAUUCUCUACAUCGAAAAAGUGGUAUCUGAAUUUGAAAGUACAAUGUUAAGAUAAUAAUUUGAACUUGUCAACAUUUCGAGUAAACGAAAAUAAUUAUAGUUUGACCUUGAAUGAUAUAUAAUAACAAUCAAUUGUAUAAAGUCAUUACACUAUCAUUUUUAUUUAUUAUGUAGUGAUAAAUACUGAAUAAAUUAAGCUUUUCUAGGCUAUCUAUCAUUUUUAUUUUUAUUUUUUUUGUUUCUCCCUGUUGCAAUUUUGUAAGAAGUUGACCAAGCUAAAUCAUACUUUGACUUUUUAUAGUUUUUCCUAUCUUCAUACAUAUUUGUGAAAUUACUCGCUCACCUAAUAUUUUCUGUUUCUUUUUCAUGGAUGGAUGUUCAAAUAAUCCAAGAGCAGAUCCAAAUGGUCCCAUGUUUUACAAUGGAAUUUACCAUCUAUUUUACCAGUACAAUCCAUUUGGCGCAGUAUGGGGAAACAUAGUUUGGGGCCACUCAGUAUCAACUGACUUAAUUAACUGGAAACAGUUAAAACCCGCAUUAACCCCAUCAAAACCAUUUGACAAAUACGGUUGUUGGUCCGGGUCGGCAACCAUCCUACCGGGUAACAAACCCAUCAUUCUCUACACUGGAGUAGUCGAUGAAAGCCAGCGAACUGAGGUCCAAAACUACGCUAUACCUGCCAAUUUAUCCGACCCGUAUCUCCAAGACUGGAUCAAACCAAAUGACAACCCGAUCAUCGUGGCUGACCCGGGAGUUAACACCACCGCUUUCCGUGACCCGACAACUGCAUGGAUGGGUCGGGAUGGACGCUGGAGAACCGUUAUUGGGAGCAGGAGAAGUCACAGAGGGAUUGCAUAUUUGUACAAAAGCAAGGAUUUUAAGAAAUGGGUCAAGGCAAAACAUCCGUUACACUCGGCGCCAAAGACUGGAAACUGGGAAUGCCCGGAUUUUUUCCCGGUGCCGGUGCAAGGUACAAACGGGUUAGACGUGUCACUUGUAGAAAAAAGUGACGUCAAAUGCGUGCUUAAAGUCAGCCUUGAUACCACGAGAUACGACUAUUACACUAUUGGUAAAUAUUACCCUAAGAAUGAUAGGUACAUGCCUGAUAGUAACUUUGUGGAUGGCAUGAAUGGUUUGAGAUUGGAUUAUGGAAAUUUCUAUGCUUCCAAGACGUUUUUUGAUCAAAGGAAGAAACGAAGGAUUUUGUGGGGUUGGACUAAUGAAUCUGAUACGAGAAUGGAUGACGUUGAAAAAGGAUGGGCCGGAAUUCAGUCUCUUCCGCGAAAAGUUUGGCUGGAUCCAAGCGGGAAGCAAUUGUUGCAAUGGCCAAUUGAAGAGCUGGAAACUCUUAGAGGACAUAAGGUUCACUUGAAGAGUCAAAAGCUCAAAAAGGGGAACCUUGUUGAAGUCAAAGGAAUAACACCUGCCCAGGCUGAUGUUGAAGUGGUUUUUUCUUUCCCAAGUUUGGACAAAGCUGAGCCAUUUAAUCCAAGCUGGGCUAAAUUUGAUGCUCAAGAGCUUUGUAGUCGAAAGGGUUCUACUGUUGAAGGAGGCCUCGGGCCAUUUGGGAUUUUGACUCUGGCAUCCAAAAAUCUCGAAGAAUUCACUCCCGUCUUCUUUAGAAUUUUCAAGAUGAAAAACAAUUUCAAGGUUCUACUAUGCUCUGACGCUUCAAGAUCCUCUUUGAAAAAGGAAUUGUACAAGCCAUCUUUUGCAGGCUUUGUUGACGUAGAUUUAUCAAGCAAGAAGCUCUCUCUUAGAAGUUUGAUUGAUCAUUCGGUGGUGGAGAGUUUUGGGCAAGGAGGAAAAGUGUGCAUAACCUCGAGGGUUUAUCCUACUUUGGCAGUCUUCAACGAUGCCCAUUUGUUUGCAUUCAACAACGGCACUGAGGCCAUUUCGGUUGAAACCUUGGACGCUUGGAGCAUGAAACAACCUCUAAUCUACUAG